AUGGCAAUUCGAAGGCUUGUGUGUCGACGAGGGAGUCCGCUAGAGUUUUUCUCGGACAAUGGCACUAAAUUCGUUGGAGCGAGUAAGGAGUUGGAGAAGAUUGAGGAAGAGUGCAGUGAAAAUUUCACGAACGCGAGAACGAGGUGGAAUUUCAACCCUCCCGCAGCCCCACACAUGGGGGGAGUGUGGGAAAGAUUGGUCCGGUCGGUGAAGGAAGCUGUGUACGAGUUACAAGACGGUCGUUCACUGUCGGAUGAGGUUCUGGAGACUGUGUUGGCUGAAGCAGAAGGAAUUAUCAAUUCAAGACCUUUGACAUUCGUGUCGAAGGAAAACACGGACCCAGAAGCAUUAACUCCGAACCAUUUUGCUUGGGUAUCCAUCGUGCGAAAAGAGACGGAAGGCUACCCCAAGGGAAUGAAGCUGCAGCGUUGCGAAAUCAAUACGAGAGAUCUCAAGUGCUUGCUGAUAAGCUGUGGAAACGCUGGGUGA